AUGUCACCGCCUGCGAAGAGUCGGAAGAUCCUGGAAGAGCUGGAUCUAAGUUCAGACUCCUCGUUGAGUGACCCACCUAGCGAUCUCGAUCUUGAUCUCGAUGAUGAUCUCGCUUUGUAUCCCACGCCCAAAAUCUCGCCUUCGAAAAGUCCGCAUUUUCUGCCCCCUGAGAGUGCUUCGGGGCCUCGCACUCCUGUCAAGCACACUAAAUUCCUUGAACCUGAAAUCUCCAAAGAUCCUCGACCCAAACGACCCAAAAUAUCACCAUACUUUCCCAAUUCACCAGAUCCUCCCCAAUCUUGUCUUCCAUUCCCACCUAUCGAUGCCCCAUCCUUCGGACUCGUUCAGGAGCAACUUGCACAUGAACCAUUCAAGUUGCUUAUUGCCACCAUUUUUCUGAACAGAACGCGAGGUGGUGUUGCUUUACCCGUCUUGUUCAAAGUCUUUGAACGCUAUCCUACUAUUCAUGCUAUGGCUUCCGCCGACCUGACGGAGCUUGUGUCUAUGAUCCGUUGUUUGGGGUUUCAAAACCAACGAGCUAAGAAAUGCAUUGGCAUUGCGCAACUCUGGCAGACCGAUCCCCCCGUCAAGAGCAAACGAUAUCGCAAAAUUCAUUACCCCAAGAAGCUGGAUGGUCGGGAUGUCCCAGCCGAUGAAUAUCUCGAUGAUGAAGAUCCCCGUGCAGCUUGGGAAAUCGCACAUUUACCCGGAGUCGGAGCAUACUCCUUGGAUAGCUGGCGCAUCUUCUGCCGUGAUGAGCUACGAGGUCUAGCUAAGGAUUGGAAAGGCACCGAUUCGGAUGUGCAUGGCUUUGUCCCCGAAUGGAAGUCUGUUCUCCCGCAGGAUAAGGAACUGCGUGCUUAUCUCACUUGGAUGUGGCUCAAGGAAGGAUGGGUUUGGGAUUGCCACUCGGGUGAUUUGACUCCGGCCGGAGAGAAGACACUACGAGCGGCACGGCGAGAUGGUGUGGCGCACGAGGAGGAUGGGAAUUGGGUGUUGCAAACAUCCCCAGUGAAGAAGGCGCCGAAUGGACUGCAUGUGAUGGACUAG